GGAAAGUGCACGCAAAUUUUGGUGCGGCGACUGCCCUACUUUCGCAAAACAUCCCUCUCGACCUCAACCUACGUCUCGCCAACUCCACCUAACACGCCCAAUUCUUGCCAGGCAGCAAAUCAUCCAAGAUGGCGACCGAGUUGACCGUCCAGUCCGAGCGCGCUUUCCAGAAGCAGCCUCACAUCUUCCAGAACACCAAGACCAAGGCCAAGAGCACCCGACCGGGCAAGGGCGGACGCAGAUGGUACAAGGAUGUUGGUCUGGGUUUCCGUACCCCCAAGACCGCCAUUGAGGGCAGCUACAUCGACAAGAAGUGCCCCUUCACCGGUCUCGUGUCCAUCCGUGGCCGUAUCCUGACCGGCACCGUCGUUUCCACCAAGAUGCACCGUACCGCCAUCAUCCGCCGCGAGUACCUCCACUUCAUCCCCAAGUACUCCCGUUACGAGAAGCGCCACAAGAACCUCGCCGUCCACGUCUCUCCCGCUUUCCGUAUCGAGGAGGGUGACCAGGUCACUGUUGGCCAGUGCCGUCCCCUCUCCAAGACCGUCCGUUUCAACGUCCUGCGCGUGCUGCCCCGAACUGGCAAGGCGGUCAAGAAGUUCAGCAAGUUCUAAAUCAUGGGGCUUUCUUGUGGCAUUUUAGGCGUGAUACAUCAGGGGGGAACAAUCGGAACGUUUUUCCCACUGGCGGGCUGGGCACCGGAAGCUGCUUUUCAUUGAUUGUGGUAUAUGCAAUCGCGAAUAAAAGGAUUCAUGACAGCUACGACGGCGUUCAAUGCGACCAAAAUUCGAGCAAGGUGCUCUUUCUACGGAUGUGUGUACGGGCUUUGUGAUGUCAGGUUUUGGGAGGAGGAUGCUGUCGAUGUGUGGUUGUGACCAUGAUCUUGAUGUACGCCACGGUUCUACUGCGCGAUGGGUCAAGCAGGAUGCCUGAACUGCACCGCCUCUAUGUAGUGAGGUACCGUGAUGUCCGUACCAAAUGCCUUAGACAAGUCAAUUCACUUGUACCAAUACUAGAUGACGAUGCAGGUCAAUUAUCUUUUGUUAUUUGGGCUGGGUUGUGGAGGGGCCCCAUUCCGCCCGCCGGACCCCUACAUCGCGG